GUGUGGCAUAACGAAGCAAAGCGGAUUCGGUGGGGUUCGCUUGAUGUAGAGCGAAAGUGCCGAGCAACUCGCAGGGGUCACACUUGGGCGAGCAUGAUUGGAUGGAGGGAGACGCGAAGGGCGGGUACGCGAACACAUGAGCAGCACGUGGGCGCGUCGCGGCUGGGAGCGUGUUGGGAUUCCGAGUUUGCGAAGGCGUUGGCGUUGUGGGCGCGCCCCUCCGCCCCUUCACCCCAUCACGCUGUACACUAUUUCAACUUCCCCGGUCUCCUUCUCUCCUUCACCGCGCUCGCCGUCGUCUGCCACGACCCCCGCCACGUUCACGACCCCACCCUGUCUCGCCAUGUACCACCCUCUCCCCCUCCCCCGCCUCCACUCUCGCAAGCACCCUCGCGUCGACCCUUGUGCCGUCAGCAACGCCCGCGCCACUGAGCGCAACUCGUCGCCCCCUCGCUGUGGCCCGCGCUUCCCAGCCCCUGCCGGCUGCACGACCAAGAAGGCGCCGCCAACUCUGUCCGUCUCCAACACCAACGCCUCGCGCUCUGGAGUGGCCCCCGUCGCGUUCCCCAGCGACAUCCCAGAGCCACCGUCGCAGAGUAUCAUCCCCUUCCCGUCGGCUCCCAUUGACUUCCCGGUGCGUCGUGCUGACAAGCAAGACGGCCUCGACGCGUGCCCUGAGCCCGAACAGCGGGACGGGGACGAACAGAAUGUGCCAACCGGGGACAAAGCGGAGAUCCGUCGUGACAUUGACUGGCGACGUGUCCGUCGUAGGUGCACGCAGUCCUGCAUUGCCAGCUCGUGUGCACCUACCGAAUCCUUCUCCAAGGAAGGCCCCCAAGCUCCGCGUCGUCCAUUUGUCGCCAUCCCUGUCAACAAUCACCCCGAACCGGACACGCCAGACGCGAAGGCGGACCCGAACGUCCCGCACCACCGUACGCGGCGCCACAGUGUCUCCGCCGGCUGUGGGCCGUUCCGACCGACCCCUCGACGCGCGCGCAAGGUGAAGAAGCCGACGGCGGACACGCAGUACCUCGCAGUAGUGCAUAGGAGCAUUGCCUGGCAUGCACGCGGUGCGCGCGAGCUAAGGGGCGAGUUGAGUGCGUGUAUCGAGCAGGAUGUGGAACUCGCGACGCGACUUUGGAGGGCCUUGGCGGAUAGAGGCUGUCGGCCUACGUCUUUCAAGUCGGUGGCCCCAUCGCCGACCCCUAUCGCGGACAAGUUUGCUCGUUCCGUUCCAACCUCUCGAUCUAUGGAGAACCCGACGACAGACGAACUCGCGGAUGCUCAGCCGACCUCACCGGUCCCGAAGAUCCCUGACCAGCUUGGACCGUCCUCUGCUCCGAGCGUCAUGACUAUGCCACAGCUUGUCGCGUCCAUGACCCUGCGCUUCCGGGACCGCUCAUCGGCGAGACCACGUUCAGCGGUAUGUUUUACGAGCAAGGACGGGGAAGAGGACAAACCGCUGCGACCGCGUUCUGCUCUGGGCCACGUGGUGUUCUCGAGUGGCGAGGGCGAGGAGGUCGCGGGUGCGAAUUGAGUCUCGCAGUUCAUGCUCGAUCACCUAGUACUCUUCACACUUGCAUGGGUUCUUCUCCCGGCGAGGCCAAGUCUCAUCCCUGACCAUCAUGAGCACGCAGUGCGUGCGUAUGCCAGCAUGCCUCUUUACGACAGAACCAUAGAAUGGUUCGAAUUCCUUAUGUUUCACGAUCACGGACUCUUUCAGGAUAGCUCAAAACCCACAUUCAUUUCGUCCUCUCACGCAUCUCCGACCUCGCUCAUGUCCGCACUCAUCUCCUCCCAUAUCUCUUGCAUAUCACCAUACUCGCAUCCUUCAUCCGUCCCUAGUCGCAUUCUAUCCUCCAGUGCCUGUAGCCUACACAUAUGGUCGUCGUCUCCCGUCAUCUGUAUAUACUGCAGGAAUUUCUAACCCGUCACGCCGAGAUC